AUCAGCGCUCACAACACGCUGUAACGCUCUGUCAGAGCCGUAGCGCUCCUCGUAGUGUUUCUCUCCGAACACCAUGAGCGACUCUGUGGAGAAAAGCUCAGACCCUCCUGCGCAGACAGAAACCCCUGGAGCAGACGGACGGCUGAACAUCUCUCUUCAGGAGCGUCUGGAAGACGAGAGCGUGAUCUUUAAUGACUCGAGUCUCUCAGAGCAGAUCCACGCUGCGCUCCAGGGUCUGCGUCUGGAGCACUGCCUCACCGACGUCGUCCUCAGUGUCCAGGAUGAAAAGUUCUACUGCCACAGAGCCGUCCUCGCUGCCACCAGUCUGUACUUCAGAGCGAUGUUCUGUACGGACCUGCGGGAGAAACACGAGCAGUGUGUGAACAUUAAGGGAAUCGAUGCGGAGGACAUGAAGACGCUGCUGGACUACACUUACACCAGCAAAGUCCACAUCACCAAGGACAACGUGCAGAAAACGCUGGAGGCAGCCAGUCUCUUCCAGUUCCCGCGGGUAAUGGACGUCUGCGCUCGUUUCCUGGCUGAGUCACUCCACCCAGAGAACUGUGUUGGGGUUCUGCGUCUGGCCGACACCCACUCGCUGGUGGAGCUGAAGGCCCGCGUGCAUGAGUACAUCGUGCAGAACUUCGAGCGUGUGGUGGAGCACGACGAGGUGCUGGAGCUGCCGCUAGACGUGCUGCUGGAGCUCCUGCAGAGAGACGAGCUGGCCGUGAGCGACGAGGAGUGUGUGUACGAGGUUGCCAUGCGCUGGGUGAAGGAGCAUCAUGCCGAGCGUCUGCAUUCUCUGUCCCGGAUUCUCGCUCACGUCAGACUCCCGCUGCUAGAUCCUUGCUACUUCCUAGACAAGGUGGAGUGUAACGCCAUGAUCCGCUCCUGCACCGAAGUUUUCCCGCUUCUACAGGAGGCUCGGGCUUAUCACCUAUCAGGGAGCGAGGUGAUUUCAGAGCGCACUAAGCCCCGCCUUCACCAGUACCAGUCGGAAGUGUUUGUGAUCAUUGGUGGCUGCACUAAAGACGAAAGGUUUGUCUCGGAGGUGACGUGUCUGGACCCCCUGCGGCGGAGUCGCCUGGAGGUGGCCAAACUGCCCGGCACCGACACGGAGGCUGAGAGUGACACCAGGAAGUGGGUGGAGUUUGCCUGCAUCACCUUCCGGAAUGAAGUCUACCUCUCAGGUGGAAAAGAGACACAACACGACGUUUGGAAGUACAACCCGUGUCUGAACAAGUGGAUCCAGGUGGAGUACCUGACCACGGGACGCUGGAGGCACAAGAUGGCCGUGUCAGGGGGGAAAGUUUACGUGAUGGGCGGGUUCGAUGGUGUUCAGAGACUCAGCAGCGUGGAGGUGUACGACCCCUUCCACAACAGCUGGUCACAGGCUGCUCCCCUGCUGCUCGCCGUCAGUUCGUUUUCCGCGGCGAGUCACGGCAGCACCAUCUUUGUCAUCGGUGGCGGGCCGAAUGGGAAACUGGCCACCAACAGCCUACAGUGUUUUGAAGCAGCGGCGAAUAAAUGGACGUUAAAAAGCCCGAUGCCCAUCGAGGCGAAAUGCACCAACGCCGUGGCGUUCAGAGACGGCAUCUAUGUCGUGGGCGGGGCGAUGAAGGCGUUGUUCAGCUACAGUCCGAGCGCGGACGUGUGGACGCUGGUCACCCAGCUGGGCGGCGAGCGGGCGAGUUGCGGGCUUUCCGCGUGCUGUAAUAAACUCUUCAUCACCGGCGGGAGGGAUGACAAGAACGCCGUCAUCGCCACGGUUCUCUGCUGGGACCCGGACAAGAGCACACUGACAGAGGAGUGUGUGCUGCCCCGCGGCGUCUCCCACCACGGCAGUGUAACGCUCAGGAAGUCCUACACGCACAUCCGCAGGAUCGCACCCACACACACCGAGUGACAUCACCACGUUUACACGCGAGAAGUAACGGGACACACUGAACCGAUAGAGACGGGACACAUUGAACUGACAAAGACGGGACACACUGCACGAGUCUGACUCACUGAAAAACUUUUAUUACAAAAAAAGUGUAGAAACAUACAAACUUAAUGCACUUACUGUAAAAAUGAGGGUGUGUGUGUGUGAGUCAGAGCACAGAAAUCCAGCUGUGCUCCAUCACGCGCGUGCACACACACACACACACGCACACA